AUGCUGCUGCGCGACCUCGUCAGGGUCGCCGCCGACAACGGGCUCGCGCUGCCCCACUCGCCCUACUGGUAUGGCCUCACCGUCGGCGGCAUGCUGGCCACCGGCGCCCACGGCAGCUCGCUGUGGGGCAAGGGCAGCGCCGUGCAUGAGUACGUGGUCGGGAUCAGGAUCGUCACGCCUGCCCCGGCAUCUCAGGGCUUCGCCGUCGUUAGGGAGCUCGCUGCCGGUGAUCCCGACCUCGACGCCGUCAAGGUCUCGCUCGGCGUCCUCGGCGUCAUCUCUCAGGUCACUUUUGAGCUGCAGCCGCAGUUCAAGCGGUCGGUGAACUUCGUGACGCGGGACGACAAGGACAUGGCGGAGAAGUUGGCCGUGUGGGGCGACCUCCACGAGUUCGGCGAUGUCGCAUGGCUGCCGCGGCAGGGCAAGGCGAUCUACCGGGAGGACGACCGCGUGGACGUCUCCACCCCCGGCAACGGCCUGAACAACUACAUCGGCUUCCGCGCGCAGCCGACGCUGGGCCUGCUGACCGCGAGAAAAGCCGAGGAGCGGCUCGAGGAGAACGGCACCGACAUCGCGCGGUGCCUGGCGGCGCGGCUGCCCGCGGCGACGUUCGAGCUGCAGGCGUACGGGUUCACCAACGACGGCGUGUUCUUCACGGGGUACCCGGUGGUGGGGUUCCAGCACCGGAUCCAGGCGUCGGGGACGUGCAUCAACGGCGGCGACGACGGCCUCCUCUCCGCCUGCACGUGGGACUCCCGCAUCCGUGGCCCCUUCUUCUACCAGUCCGGCUUCAGCGUCGCCAUGUCCAAGGUCCCCGCCUUCGUCGCCGACGUGCAGCGGCUGCGCGACCUCAACCCGCGCGCCUUCUGCGGGAUGGACGCCAAGAUGGGCGUGCUGAUGCGCUACGUAAAGCGCUCGUCGGCGUACCUCGGCAAGGCGGAGGACUCGCUCGACUUCGACGUCACCUACUACCGGAGCUACGACGAGGGCGUCCCGCGCGCGCACGCCGACGUCUACGACGAGCUCGAGCAGAUGGCGCUGAGGAAGUACGGUGCGCUCCCGCACUGGGGCAAGAACCGCAACUUCGCCUUCGACGGCGCCAUCGCCAGGUACCCCAACGCGGCGAGGUUCAUGGAGGUGAAGGACAGGUACGACCCGGAUGGUAUCUUCUCCAGCGAGUGGAGCGACCAGGUGCUCGGCAUCCGGGGCAGCCCCAACGUCGUCGGGCCGCGGUGCGCCAUCGAGGGACUCUGCGUCUGCUCCGACGACGAGCACUGCGCGCCGGAGCAGGGGUACUUCUGCCGCCCGGGAAGGUGUACACGGACGCCAGGGUCUGCGUGUUUGAACGACGCACACGACUCGUCGACGAGCUGUGACGAAUGA